AUGUUUAUAGAAAAAUCGGAUAAAUCCAAUGACAUCAAAGAAUAUUGGGUUUUCGGCUAUGGUUCUCUGAUCUGGAAGCCGCCUCCAGUAUAUGAAGAACGAAUCUCCGGGUUUAUAAAAGGUUACGUUCGGAGAUUUUGGCAGGGUAGCGUGGAUCAUCGUGGUACUGAAGAAAAUCCAGGACGUGUUGUCACACUGAUCCCAAUUGAAGAAUGGAAGUUACAUGAUCACGAAGAUGGCAUAACAUGGGGUGUUGCAUAUAGGAUUCAUGAAAAAGAUGUAGAAGAUAUUAAAAAAUAUUUAGAUUAUCGCGAAAAGAAUGGGUAUACAAUUCAUUAUUUAGAUGUAUUCCAGUCAGGACAUGAUGAACCAGUCGUCAAGAAUGCCAUAGUGUAUAUUGCUACCACUGAGAAUGAAUCGUAUAUUGGACCAGCCCCUUUAGAUGUUAUAGCUCAACAAAUAUUUCGAUCCGUUGGACCAAGUGGACCUAACAAAGAAUAUCUACUAAACCUCACCUCGGCCCUUCGUUUUGUCGCUCCUGAUGCAUAUGAUGGUCAUCUAUUCGAUCUUGAAAAGAGAGUUUUAGAACUAGAAAGUUAA